CCCCCUUCUUUUAUGUUUCCAUUGUUAGCCCUUUUUAGGUUAGAGAAAAGUCGAAAUAUUUUUUUAUUUCGGAUCGCAGGAGGUGUCAGGGGUGGUUAAGGGCUAACUACCCCUUGUUUGAAGUACUGUAUCUUGAGAGGAGUAUUUUUUCGCUAGUGAUCAAGUAUUUAAUAUCAAAUUUUAUCAUGAUAUUCGAUUGUGAGUGGUUGUGAGCAAAACCACCCCACAUUCACGUAAUCAAAGGGAGUUAAAUCCCCGAAUAAAUUCGUCAGAAAAAAAGGCUUAUGAUUCAACUCAUUCCUAAAGAUCACCGGUGUGAAAACGUGGAAAUGGCCAUGAGAUAGAACACAGAAUGAGAGGGAAGGUGGCAGAUAGAAGAACAGGAAUGAAGAGGGUGAAACGAGGGGGAGAAUACAAGUAUGAAAAGGGGUGAAUGUUUGUUCUAGCUGGUAGCUCUUUCAUUUCCUCCCAUUCUCAGGCUCUCCACUCUCAUACUGUCGAGAGUUUUGCCCCGGCAAAUCUUCAAACUACGAUGAUCGAGGUUAUGAAAGGUUGGCUCUAUCUACCCCUCUCUCCACCCCCUACCCCACCUAUUUUUUUACCCUUCGUCUUUAUGAUUUUUUCUUCAUUUCUCCCCUUCCCGUUUCCGGUCUUUUUUGCUGGGUCCUGUGACAAAAUAAGAAGGCGAAAGUCGAGGUUUCAGUGGUGAAGGAACAAAAAAUAAUGGGAGGGGGGACACACUCGCUUAUUCCCUUUUCAUUUUCACUUUUUUCCACUGUUUUUCUGGUCUCCCAGGUUUUUUUCCUGGGUUAUUCGAGGCAUUCACUUUAUGAAAAAAAAUUUGAUGAUAGUAUUUUUUUUUAUUAAUAAUUAAUACAUUUUUGGGGGAAUUUAAUUCUCGAGAGAAGUUUGAAAAAUGUUCUGUUAAAAUUUUUUCAAUGAGAUAAUUAAGAAAAACUACCAGCGACAUUGUUGCCAUUCAAUUUUUACCGAUCUUACGAUAAGUAAUAGUUUUUUUUAAUGAAUGCUCUCGCGAAAAUAAUUAAUUAUUCCCCCCCUUUCUCUCGCUUCGGCAUUCCACCACCGCAACUAGUGGCGUUGUCGUCGCAACCCAAUGAAGUCCAUCUAGAUUCCCCAUUCACCAACGUCCCGCUAACCCGAAUUAAUCCCAAGGAAAUGUCCCAAAUUAAUCCGCCACAGAGCUACACUUGGGAUGAUGAGUUUGAAGAUGGACAAGAGGUGAAUCGCACGAUCCCUGAUGAGGUUAUCAGCAUUUACGAAGUUUACGUUAAAGAGGACUCUGAAUCACAAGAUGGAAAGUGUGAAUUGUCCCUGGUGCCAGGCACUCUGCUCCCUGAUAAUGAUCACCUCCUCAUCAACGGUGCCAUUGGCAUUCCGGAGGUUGGUGUCAAUGGAGAAGUGGCUGAGGGCGAUGAAAGUACUACUAAGAUGUUUGCCAAGGACUCGAUUGAUUGCCAGACCAAUAAGAAGCAGAAUAAGGUAGACGAGAAGAAACUGAAGUCCUUGAGUGAAACCCCAUAUUCCCAGACAAAUGGAGAAAAUUCAACUGGAAUUCCUCAAAUCAUAGACAAAGACGAUCCCAGGUCGAGGCUUCAUUUCGUCAAGUAUCUCAAGAGAGAAGGGAAGACUAUUAAAAUAUGGGAAUGUGGAAUUUGUUCCAAGGAAUUCAGACACCAAUACACCCUGAUGAGGCACUUGCCAACCCACACUGACGAGAGAAAUUUCAAGUGUGACGCCUGUGGCAAAGCAUUCCGACAACUUUCAACCCUCAGUCAACACAAAGCCAUUCACAGUGAUGCCAGGCCCUACGUUUGUGAAUACUGCAAAAAAACUUUCAACAGGGUUUCAACUUUGAUCUCACACCGGAAAACUCACUCUGAGAAUAAACCACACAAGUGUCCUGUCUGUGGAAAGGGAUUUCACCAAAAAGGGAAUCUCCGCAACCACGUAUUUACCCACACCAACGAGCGUCCAUACAAGUGUGAAACCUGUGGAAAAGGCUUCAAUCAAAUGUCCAAUCUCGUGUGUCACAAAGUAAAGGCACAUGCUCACACAGAGAGAAUGCAGUACUCGUGUGGUAUCUGUGGAAAAGAGUUUCCACGUAGAUUUUCCCUGCGUUCACACGAGGAAUCUAAGCAUGGAAUCAAAUAUCGCAAUUCUUCGGUGUCACAGAAUGGAAACGAGAAGUGUAGAGAUAAAAAAAAUCUCAGAAUCAUUGAAUUAUCGAGUGAAGAUUCAAUGGAUAUCGAGGAUAAGGAGAAUCGUGAUAUACAGAAAAUUGAGACAUUUUAUGUUGAUAAAAUCGUCACCAAAGCUAUGGCAACAGCUGUCAUGAAAAAUCAGGUGCCAUUUGCACUUUUUAAACCCAUCAGGGGAAUUCCAGUGCUUGUCAAGGUUACAGAUGCAGGGGACGACAAACAUAUGCUGACUCCAGCCACUCCCGAGGAUUUGAGAGUCAAUGGUACGAUGAGUCCGCCAGGGGAUAGUUUCGAGGGUGAAAAAGGACAGAUGAAGAUAUCCGUUGUAGCAACUGUUACACAGACUCUCGAAUCAGAUGGACAAUUCAGUUUUUCGGUUGAGCCACCUGAUCCGAAUGAAGAUCAUGUGGAGAAUUUCUUGGUACCAAAAAUGGAGCAAGAAGUUGAUAAAUCUCUCACUCCCUUCACUCCUGAAGCAUCAAACACCUCCAGUACGAGUACGUCAAUGGAAGAUUGUAGUGAACUUCUAGAAUUAGCAGCUCAGGGUGGCAUUCAAUUUGUUCGUGCAACCGAGGACGGUAGAUACGAAGUAAUGAGCAACAGUGAGGCACGUGAUCUCAUGGCACAGAAUUCCCAUGAUGUGACGAUACUUGAGGGCCCUGAAGCCGAUGCGAUAAGCGUCAUGCAGGCCAAUACACGUUCCACCACCGAUGACAUCAUUAUUGGUGAUCAAGACAAUCAAAUAAUGGUACUGGACGUUGGAGCGAAUCAGAAAUCAUUGGACGCGAUUGAGAUACUGGAUCCGAGUGCAAUGGGGUUCUUCGGGCAAACCAAGAUCGAUGAUUUCAUCAUGGGUCAGCGAGGAGGAUUCGAGGGAAUGCCAUUGCCCAGUGAAGAUGAUUUAAUAGUUCCCCAUGAUUUGUCGAGCCUCCUCCACCAUCAGCCGGACCUCUCCACCUCUCACCCGCCCCCCUGUCCUCUCCAAGACACCUACGCCUACUUGAAAGGCCCUCGCCUGCCACCCGAAGAUUUUGGUCUCCUCGGUGUUGACAACAACUACCUCGAAGAUGGUAGAAUGAGACUGCAGGACUUUGACGAAGUCAUGAAUGACGUUCAGUCACACAUGAGUACAAUGAACCCCGAUAUGAGGUCACUGGGUCUCCCUUACAGCUCGACGAAGCUCGAUACUGGGUCAUUGCCAAGUUUCGCUGAGACUAAAGCUCUUGGGCCGAAGUAUCAAGAGUUCGAGGCUGCAUCGCAAUAUCACGACAUCAAGAUAUUUAAUCCUUACGAACAGGGGCUGAGGGGCAUCGGUAAUGGAUAUUGUCCGUACAGUAGUGAUAUCGAUGGAAAUUAUCAGAUGAGUGGAAUUAGAGUUUUUGGAAAGAGGAUGUACGAGGAUAAUCAAGAGAGGGACGACAAAUCCGAGGGCACCUUUAAACCAAUUCCCCCGAGCUCCCGAUCCCUUCCUAUCAUUCCCGAAGUCGAUGAGGGCCGAAAUGUGGACAGAAGUAUAUCGGACCAAUUUCUGCUUCAAGCAAACGUUCUCACAGACUCUGACUUCCUCUCCUUCGAAACCCGCAGCAUGGACUCCCCCGGAAGCCAUCUCCCAAAGCCCUUCACCCUCGAUGGACUUCCUGAUCUCAAUUAAUUCAUAAUCAUUUAAUUCUUUUUGUAAUUUUUCUUCCUAGAAUUUACUGAAUUUACUCAAUAAAAAUCACGUUUUACCACUUACAGAGGAUAUUUUCCUCUUCAGGUGUCGCAUGAUGGCCAAGAGCUUCUUAACUUUAAUCUGACACUUUUAUAAAUCUGCU